AUGAAGGCUUCCGGUGGAGGCGCUGAAUCUCAAAGGCCCGAGCACGGAAGCACACCUCAUGCUCAAGCAUGGGCAGAUGAGUCCUCAGACGGGCUCAGCUCCGACUCGGAUGUGGAGCCCGUCCAGCACGACGAACGGUCAAAACAGCCGAUGCAUGGAACUGCCGGAUUCCGGCGCAUGCGCAGUUGGCAGGAACCUCCCCCAGAAGUCCAACGAGCACUGAACAGCCUGACCUCCUUCCGCUCGGCACUCGUCGCGAACCAGAAGAAAAUGCUACAGCUCUUGGAUGAUGAGCUGGACCGCAUCAAAGGUGUCUCGGGCGUUGGUGUCGCGGCCCCAGCCGGUCGCAAGAGCCAGACUAGCGCCAAUGGCGAGGUGAAGCGCUUUUCAUUUCCCUCCCCCUUCGCGCUUCUGCCAGCCGUGCAGAAGCAGCGCAAACGCCGAAUGUCUUGGAUUCAGAAGACGAGUCCAGUGGAGCCGCCGGUGCCAUCCGCGCCGGAAGUCGUGCCAUCAUUGUUGGAGGGGGAGGUGGCGAAUUUGACUCGAGAAGAGAAAGAGAAGAUACGGAAGGAUGCGGAUGAGCAAGUUCACAAGGGAAUGCUGACACAACUCGACCCUGAACUUGCCCGCAGUGUGGUGCGCAAGCGCGCUACUGCUGAGUUUGGCGAGCCGCAGGAAGAUGCCGACCAGCCCACCGGGCGGUGCUAUCAAUUAGCAAUGCAUCCAUGUUUCGAGAGAUUCACUAUGUCUGUGAUCUUCCUGAAUGCGAUGUGGAUAUCAGUCGACAUUGAGUUCAACAGGGCCGAGAUCCUGUCGGAAGCCGAUGCCGGCUUUAUCGUGGUGGAAAACCUGUUCUGCUUGUUCUUUACUUUCGAGCUGAUUGUCCGACUAUGGACAUACACUCGCAAGUGUUCUGCGCUGCGGGACAUUUGGUUCUUGUUCGACGUUUUCCUCGUUACCCUGAUGUCCUUCGAGACAUGGCUAGUACCCCUCGCACAUGCAAUAACGCGGACAACGGGUGACACUAUGACAGGGGGCGCCUCUGUCCUCCGUGUGGCCCGCGUGCUCCGUGUGUUGCGAACGGCGAGAAUGGCCCGACUUGUUCGACUGAUGCCCGAGCUCAUGAUUCUGAUCAAAGGCAUGAUGGUGGCUUGCCGUUCUGUGUUUUUCACCUUGGUUUUGCUGCUGAUGUUCACCUAUGUUUUUAGCGUGGCCUUCGUCCAGUUUAGUCGUGGCAACGCCGUCUUGGAGUCACCGAACUUCUUUGGCUCCAUGGGCACGGCGAUUUGGACCUUACUCCUGAAAUGCAUCCUGACGGACCAGCAGUUCAUCAUCGAAGCGGUAGCAGAGGAGAGUUGGAUCAUGGCCGCGUUGAUUCUGGUGUUCAUUCUAUUCGGCUCUUUGACUGUGAUGAAUAUGUUGCUCGGGGUCCUGGUCGAGGCGGUAAAGACGGUGUCCACUAUUGAGCGGGAGCAGCUGGAAGUCGAUUUUGCAAAGAAGGUUUUGUGGGAGAUGAUUGACAAAGGACAUGCUGACGAGGAUGGAGACAACCGAAUCUCUGAACAGGAAUACCGCAAAGUGCUCCACACACCAGAGGCCAUGACAGCCCUGACGAGCUUGGGAGUCGAUGUCGAGGCUGCUUUGGACUAUGGUAAGUUGCUAUUCGAAGAUGGUGAGCCACUCACAUUUGGGGACUUCAUGCGGGGCAUUCUGACUUUGCGUGGCUCCAACCAGACGACCGUCAAGGACAUUGUGGACCUUCGCAAGUUCACAGCCGAUGAGUUCUCUCACAUCCAUGACAUUCUAAGCAGCUUAUGCAAGUAUGUUGCAGCAUCAGGACCUGUGAGCCAGACACAAAGGCCGAGCAUUGCUUCGCUGUCCUCCAUCACCAGCUCGGGGAUUGCGUCGCGAGCAGAGGAAAGCUGCUGA